UAUGACUUAUAAAUAAUCGAAACCUUUUCUGCUAUAUAAAGUUAUUUUAAUUAAUUCGAUGUUGAAUCUAAUUUGGCAUUUUCGAUUGUAUAAAUAUGUACAGAUUCGGUUUGCAAUUUUAUGCAUAUGCGUUAAGUACGGCUCUGGCGAUAAGAAGACGAUUUAUUUAUUUACUUGGUUCAGCGCAAUUAUAUCUCUCAAAUUAGAACUUUCAUAAAUUUAGUAAAUGAAAUUAGAAGUUAGAGAAAUGAAUGUCUGUAGAAUUUGGAAACAAAAGUCAAGUCAAAUUUUACGUAAAGUCGAUAUUCACACAACGACAGAUUUUGUAAAAAUAGUAGAAGUCGGUCCCAGGGAUGGUUUACAAAACGAAAUCGUCUUCGUACCAACCGAUAAAAAAAUCAAAUUUAUUGAUAAACUUUCCCAAACUGGACUGUGUUCUAUUGAAGUCACAAGUUUCGUCAAUCCAAAAUGGGUCAAACAGAUGUCAGACAACAAAGAAGUGUUUAGCAAAAUAGAGAAAAAAGCAAACAUAGACUACCCAGUUCUUGUUCCAAACGCAAAAGGUCUUUACGAUGCGUUAGAAGUAGGUGUUAAGGAAGUGGCAGUGUUUGCCUCUGCUUCGGAAGGAUUUGCGAUGAAAAACACCAACGGGUCUAUACAACAAGUUUUAGAUAGAAUAAAAGAGGUAACAACAAUUUCGAGAGGAAAAGGUAUCAAAGUAAGGGCCUACGUGUCAUGUGUGGUGGGAUGUCCAUACGACGGGCAAAUUUCUCCUAAAUCAGUUGCUAAGGUAACGGAACAAUUAUUAAGUUUUGGUUGCUAUGAGAUUUCAUUAGGAGAUACAAUAGGGGUUGGAACAAUAAAUAGCAUGAAUAAUAUGUUAAAAGAAGUGUUAAAUGUUACUUCUCCGAAAAAACUAGCGGUACAUUGUCAUGAUACCUACGGACAAGGUCUAGUCAACAUAAUUGUCGGCUUAGAGAAAGGGAUAAACGUAGUGGAUUCGGCUGUAUCAGGUUUAGGGGGAUGCCCUUUUGCUAAAGGAGCUACUGGUAAUGUUGCCACUGAAGAUGUGGUUUAUAUGCUACACGGAAUGGGAUUGAAAACUGGUAUUAAUCUGGAGGAACUUGUAGAAUGCGGAAAUUUUAUUUCAAACAUUAUAGGAAGGCCAACCCAGUCGAGGGCUAAUCAAGCUUUGCAUAAAAAAAAAUCGUAAUCUAAAAAUAUUGUGUUCAACAAGGAUUCUAAAACUGUAUUUGUUGUUUCUUUCUUUUUUUUGUAUUGUAUUGUAUGUUUUAUAUAAAUAAAAAAUUAUUGAGUCGA